CACGCUCCGUCCCUACCUGAGUGCCGUUCGGGCCACCCUGCAGGCUGCCCUCUGCUUGGAGAACUUCUCUUCCCAAGUUGUGGAACGUCACAACAAACCAGAGGUGGAAGUCAGGAGUAGCAAAGAGCUCCUGUUGCAACCCGUGACCAUUAGCAGGAAUGAGAAGGAAAAGGUCCUGAUUGAGGGAUCCAUCAACUCUGUCCGGGUCAGCAUUGCUGUGAAACAGGCUGAUGAGAUUGAGAAGAUUUUAUGCCACAAAUUCAUGCGUUUCAUGAUGAUGAGAGCAGAGAACUUCUUUAUCCUUCGAAGGAAACCAGUGGAGGGGUAUGAUAUCAGUUUUCUGAUCACCAACUUCCACACAGAGCAGAUGUACAAACACAAGUUGGUAGAUUUUGUGAUCCACUUCAUGGAGGAGAUUGACAAGGAGAUCAGUGAGAUGAAGCUGUCGGUCAAUGCCAGGGCGCGCAUCGUGGCUGAAGAGUUCCUCAAGAAUGCUUAG